AUGUACUCCGAAGAACCAAAAUCCGAAUCCGAGCGAGCUACCCCCGACAGCCCCGAUCGUGCUUUCCUUCCACACCCCAAUCGAGACUUGACCCACUUCUCUGUGGGUUGUCUGCCGCUGUUGAGAGCUGUCCAGUUCGAGCUGUUGAAGUUCAGUGUGUGGCAUCUCGACGACACCCGCGGCGCGCACCACAACGGCCAAUUGGCCACAUCCUCAACCUUUCGAUCGCCUCCCAAGCUAUUGUUGCCGGGAACCUUUCUCGCUGCCGGCGCCUUCGCAGCCAAGAAGACCCCCGAAGAACGAUUCAACGAUUUCCACGCAAAGGCCCUUACCUCGUCUCCGAUCAAGCUCGCCGAUACCAGCUACAAGUCUUUGACUUCUGCUCCCCGCGAUUACACCGUUGCAGUCCUCCUGACCGCUCUCGAGAAUCGAUUUGGUUGCCAAUUGUGCCGCGAGUUCCAGCCGGAAUGGGAUCUUCUGGGCAAGACCUGGACCAAGGGUGACAAGAAGGGCGAGUCGCGCCUUCUCUUCGGUACUCUCGAUUUCUCUGAUGGCCGCGAGGUCUUCAUGUCGCUCGGCCUCCAAACCGCCCCUGUCCUGCUCCUGUUUCAGCCCACCAUCGGUCCUCACGCUGUUGCUGCUGUCGAUCCUCUGCAAUACGACUUUACCAGCGGACCUCAGUCUGCUGAACAGGUUCAUGCCUGGCUGUCGAGACACCUUACUGACCGACCUCACCCUCCGGUGAAGCGCCCGAUCAACUGGAUGCGAUGGAUUUCUAGCAUCACCAUUGUCCUUGGUCUUGGCACUGUCCUCGUUACUGCCUCGCCUUACAUCCUUCCCGUCAUUCAGAACCGCAACUUGUGGGCCGCUAUUAGUCUCAUUGCCAUCCUGCUCUUCACCAGUGGCCACAUGUUCAACCAUAUCCGCAAAGUUCCCUAUGUUGCUGGAGAUGGCCGGGGUGGUAUCAGCUACUUUGCCGGUGGCUUCCAGAACCAGUUCGGUUUGGAGACCCAGAUCGUAGCUGCUAUCUACGGUGUCUUGGCUUUCUGUGCCAUCUCUCUCACCGUUAAGGUGCCUCGUAUUGGCGACAACAAGAGACAGCAGGUUGCUGUUCUGGCCUGGGGUGGUGUUCUGUUCAUCAUGUACAGCUUCCUUCUCAGCGUUUUCCGCAUCAAGAACGGUGGCUACCCGUUCUCUCUGCCUCCUUUCAUCAACUUCUCGUCUGGCUUCGAGUUGUUCGCCAUCGCUCAUCGUAACGCAUUUUUCAACCUCUGUUGGGAUUCGUUCACUGUAGUUUCGUUGAGCAAGGCACAAGGGAAUGGCUUAUGCCCUAUCCGCAAGUCCCCCUUUGAUCGCAAUGUGCUUGUGUCUCGCGCUGCUUUGACAUUUAUACCAGACCACGAGUCGACUCUAUCUUUGCAUUAG